AUGGCCAAGGGGGAUCGAAGAAAACGCGCAAGUCAGCUACAACAGCGGCUUCAAAAGCCAUCAUUAAAGCAAAUACUUUCAAUGAACAUUGAAGAUAUGCCACAACUUGUCAUGAGCUAUGCCGGACCAGAUAGUAUCGACAAGCAACAGGAUGUUAUUCAGUAUUGUCUUCAACGAAUACUUCAAGGCCCGCGUCCAGAUCCUGAGUGUACUCUUCAGCCACGCAUAGAACAAGUCCGUAUACUUCGGCGCAUGAUAUAUGGAUAUAGCGACACUUUAUUCAUUGCCAGAACUGGCUAUGGAAAGAGCCUUAUUCUUCAAUCCUAUACAAUUCUGACAGGAAAGAUAACCAUUCAACUGGUUCCUCUAAACAAGCUUGGUGAUCAGCAAACAAGAGAUAUAGCACGGUUUCCCGGUGCCAAUCCUUGUCUGGUCAGUGCUGAUAAUCUCCAGGGGCAAGAAGACUUACUCAAACGCAUUCAACAAGGUGAGUAUACACAUAUACUGCUCAGUCCAGAGCAAGCUCUUUGCAAGCGAUUUCAGCAUGUUCUUCAAGACCCUACUUUACAAGAAAAGAUUGGGCUUGUAGCUAUCGAUGAGUGUCAUCUUGUCACACAGUGGAGUCAAUUCCGUAGUCAGUUUGCCAGGCUGGGGCACCUGAGAUUGCUUCUUCGUGAGGAUAUUGUCUGGUUUGGCUGUUCCGCAACCCUCAGCAGUAAAGCUGAAGAUAUCAUUCUUCAAGAGGCUGGAUUUCGUUCUAUUGGUGUAAACCCACGGCAGACUCAGGUUAUUCGAACUUCCAUUAACCGUCCUGAUAUCUUUAUCGGCGUACAUCCGAUUCCACGCGGUAAACUUGUAUCCUAUGAUAUGUUAUAUUUUUUAUUGAACGAGGCCAUUGAUACAGAUGGAAAGAUCAUACCUCAACACAUUUUAAAGACCAUUGUCUUUAUUGACAGUCAUGUCAAGGUUCAACAAGCAGUGCAAUAUUUCCGAUCAAUACUUCUUCAGAUCUGUCAGAAUAACAGGCAGAAUGUCAACAAUACUGACACCUCUUUCAUCAAUGACACCAUUCAGCAUUUCACAUCUCGAGUGUCUGAAGUGGAUCAGAAUAUUCGCUUCGAGGAGUUCAUGAAACCUAAGUCAAUGGUAUCCAGAUCAGAAUCGUGA